AUGAUCGCCUCCACCCCGGCGCCUCCCCAUCCCUCCACACGGAAGGGGGAGGGGAAGGGGAAGGCAACAAAGGCAAAACCCACCACCCGAAAGGCCCCACGGGUGAGGAUGACGAAUAAAGCCCUCGAAUCGCAGCAGUUCUCGACACUGCGAACCCCGCGACGGAGCGAGGUCGCCCCGCAGACGGUGAACGUCGCGGAGAUGUUCGACGACGCCCGCCGCGCUUCCGCUCCCACCUUCGAUCCGAUCCCGGCGGAUACGAUGUUUGACAUCGUCACCGAAAGCGCCUUUUGGCCGCCGCCUUCGUUAAAAUCGCUGGAGGAAAAAACGGGAAUCGCGGUGGCUGGGGGGGAUGGGUUUGAUACGUUUAAUCGCCAAGAAGACGACGCCCGGGCACGGCGGGAAAAUCGAGAGCGGGAGAAAGUCGUCCUCGGUGAACUCCAUCAUCCUCGCGGGAAGCCUCGACGGAAUGCGAUUAUCAAACUCGACGACUCCAGCGCGAGCGAAAACGAGGAGGAGGCGUCAUAA